AUGUCGAGGUUCUGGAAGCCGGGGUCGGAGAAGCCGAGCACCCUGCUCGUCGACGAGGAGGAGGGCGGAGUCGUCUUCCUACCUUCCUCCACCAGCUCCGCCUCCUCCUCCGGCUUUGGCUACGCGAGUCUAGAGAGACAGCGGCAGCGGCUGCCGGUUUACAAGUACCGCAAGGCCAUCCUCUACCUGGUGGAGCGGCACGCCACCACCAUCGUCGUCGGCGAGACUGGCAGCGGCAAGUCCACGCAGAUCCCUCAGUACCUUAAGGAAGCUGGUUGGGCUGAUGGUGGUCGACUUAUAGGAUGCACUCAGCCCAGACGAUUGGCUGUGCAGGGUAUGACCAUGAUAAAAUUUCUCACAGAUGGGGUAUUGAUUAGAGAAAUGAUGGAAGAUCCUCUUCUUACCAAGUAUAGUGUAAUUAUGGUGGACGAAGCUCAUGAAAGAUCCAUCUCAACCGACAUGUUGCUGGGUCUCUUGAAAAAGAUUCAACGUCGUCGGCCUGAGUUGCGACUUAUUAUCUCCUCUGCAACAAUUGAAGCAAGAUCAAUGUCAUCCUUCUUCAACAUUAGGCGGAAGAAUUCCUUGCUUGGGUCUUCUGAUGAUUUGCCCAGCCCAGAACCUGCUAUACUUUCUGUUGAAGGUAAAGGAUACACCGUGGAAAUUCAUUAUGUCGAAGAACCUGUCUCAGACUAUUUACAGGCUGUUGUGAAUACUGUACUUCUUAUUCACGAAAAGGAACCACCUGGGGAUAUCUUGGUAUUCUUAACUGGUCAGGAUGACAUAGAAGCUGCUGUUAAGUUGCUGAAUGAAGAAAUUCAACACCUUGGAAGACACUAUUUGGACUUGCUGAUUUUGCCCUUAUACUCUGGCCUUCCGCGGGGAGAUCAAGAUCUCAUUUUUGCUCCUACAUCAAAAGGGAAAAGGAAAGUUGUGUUAUCAACCAACAUUGCUGAGACAUCGCUGACUCUGGAGGGUGUGGUGUAUGUUGUUGAUAGUGGAUUUUCCAAGCAGAAAUGUUAUAAUCCGAUUUCUGACAUAGAGAGUUUAGUUGUCGCACCAAUAUCCAAGGCAUCUGCAAGACAACGAGCAGGCAGAGCUGGAAGGGUGCGACCUGGGAAGUGCUUUAGGCUCUAUACAGAGGAAUAUUAUCUUAAUGAAAUGCAGUCAGAAGGAAUUCCAGAAAUGCAAAGGUCCAACCUGGUCUCCUGCAUAAUACAGUUAAAAGCCCUAGGCAUAGACAACAUUCUGGGCUUUGAUUGGCCAGCUUCUCCAUCUCCAGAGGCAAUGAUUCGGGCUCUUGAAGUUCUAUUCUCCCUAGGAAUCCUUGAUGAAGAUGUCAAAUUAACAGUACCCACUGGUUUCCAGGUUGCUGAGAUCCCUCUGGACCCCAUGAUUUCGAAAAUGAUCUUGUCAGCAAAUGAAUUUGGAUGCUCUGAUGAGAUAUUGACCAUAGCAUCAUUUCUAUCUGUUCAAUCUGUCUGGGUUUCUGUGAGGGGAGUGAAGAAGGAAUUUGAUGAAGCAAAGCUUCGAUUUGCUGCUGCUGAGGGAGAUCAUGUAACAUUCCUGAAUAUCUACAAAGGAUUUCACCAGUCUGGAAAAUCUAGCCAAUGGUGUUACAAGAACUUUUUGAAUUACCAAGCACUGAAGAAGGUUGUCGACAUUAGGGGGCAGCUUCUCAGGAUAGUGAAGAGUUUUGGUAUACAACUGAAAUCAUGUGACAGAGAUAUGCAGGUACGGUAUUCGAACUAG